AUGGAUCUAGCUUCUCUUUGGAACUUUGUGCAGGGGCUUACGCCAGGCGCAGCGCUGGCCCCUGCCGAGGUGCAAAUCGCUCUGGCGCCCUUCGCCGACAGGCUGGUGCACCUGCUGAAAUUUAAGGGCCCUAGCGAGGAGGGCUGGCGGCAGGUGCAGUCAGGCCGCGUGGUCACCCCGCUGUAUGGGGAGGUGCUGCUGGACCCGGAGCCGGACCAGAAGUUGGCGCUGCUGCUGUCACAGGAGCUAAAGCUUGAUGAGGUGUACUGCGUGGAGCUCCUCACUGCAGCGCAGGAGCUGGGGGUGUACACAGCAGAGGCUGCCCUGGGCGUCUACCUGCGGGAGCGGCUCGCCGCCGCGCAGUCCCUGGCGCGCCUGCUGUCCCUGCAGCUCUUCAAUGCCGCCGCCCUGGCGCCCGACGGCGGCGGCGCGGACGACGGUGCGGGGGACGCCGCGGCGGCCUCGGCGCCGCCGCUGCUGGCGGCGGUGGCGGCGUUCAACGCUGAGCUGCUCGGAGCCAAAGAGGCGGCGCCGGGCGGGCCUGCGGGGGCGCAGCGCAACGCGCUGAUCGGAUCCAUCUUGGACGUCCUGCAGGACACGAGCCUGGAGGCGCCCGGCUCCGCGCUGCCCGUUGCACUAGACCCCCACACCAACGCGGCCGCCCCGCGCGGCGCGAUGCUGCAGCUCGAGCGCACGGCCCUCGCGCGCGCGCUGCUGUACGCCGUGCUGCUCACGCCGCCGGGCGCGCUCGAGCCGGCGACGGUCUCGCAGCUGGUCAAACAGGUCAACGCCAGCCAUGCGCGCGUCCGCGCAGCCGGGCCGCGCCCGCCGCACGCGCUGCAGCGGCAGGAGUACCUCGUGCUGCUUUCGGCCGUCGCGGCGCUCGCGCCGCCGCCGCGGCAGGAGGCGGUAGGGGCGAUUGGUGGCAGCGGCGGCGGCGCGGCGGGGGCGCGGCGGCUGGCGGCGGACGCAGAUCUGGCGGCGGCGAUCGUGCCGCCGGCAACGGGUGCGCUGAGCUGGCGCGUGUCGCGGGGUGGCAUUUGA